AUGCAGGAAUGUGUCGUAAUUGGUGCCGGUGAAAGUUGUAUAUCUUCCGUUGGCUCAUGUUGGGAGUCAUGGCAGCACGGCGCCAGCUGCUUGGACACAUCCCUGUUUCAAGCCGCAGCCUUCCUGGACACGUCGCUGAAAGCCGUGCAGGUUGCCGCGUGGACUGCAGCUGAUAAGGCGGCCGAGGCCGAAAGGCGACUUGGCAACCCGGUAGCGCCCGUGAGCUCCAACAUCAUUUCUUUGCUGGCCCAGGCGCACCACACCGGCACAGUCACGAACGCAUCGGUGUGGGCUCUGCUCCUGGCGGUCGCCGCGUGUCUCCUCGUCGCGGGCUGCGUCUUCUGCUCGAGCAGCAUCUUCGAGCGAAGUGCCACGAGCUUGCCGACUCCCGCCGGCAAGGGCGGAGCGCGCACGGUUUCCGCCACCAGCCUCAGCUCUGACUGGCCGCGGCAGGGACAGCCAGUUCCAGCCAGCUCCCGGUCUCCUGGCUCGACGGCGUCGGUGCAGUCGAGCGCACGAAGGCCGCCAGCAGGCAGGGCAAUGUCUAUGAAGAUCAAGAGCAACGGCAGCAGCGUUGCCCACCCUCUGGGCACGGGGAGUGCCAACGGCGGGCAACACGGGACGCUGCACAGCUGUGUCAGCGCGUGCGCAGACCACUCCCCAAGCUCGCAGGAGCCCGUGAGGAAGAAGACGGAAGGUUGCCUCUUCACAGUGCCAGUUGAUGUCAUGGUGGGCGUGAACUUGACGGGGAAAGGCAGCUUCACAAUCAAGGAUACCUGCAGUAGCUUGGUGCUGAGAGGAGCUGUGCCUAAGAACUCAGACGGCUCCCGGAAAGCCCAGGUCUUUCAGGGUGAGGAUGGUACGACACCGUGCGCGAGUGUGGAACCGUUACCUUCAGGGCCGCAAGCCAUCCUUAACAGCUUCCAGAUACGUGGGGCAGAUAACAUGCUCUUAGGAAGCCUGGUUCUGCAGAACUCUGGGGAGUUUGUCGUGCACUCCCACGAGCAGCCAGAGCUCGUCAUUGAGGGCAACGAUGCGGACGUUGACCUUCAAGUUUCUUCGCGCGACGGCCGUCCUAAGGCAAGCGUAUCGUGCAAGGCCAGUCAUCCUGGCGGCAUGGAGCAAGUUGAGAUCCACGUGCUGCCUGGGACUGAUCCAGUGCUCAUCGUUGCGUGCACCCUUGCGAUCCUGUUCCUCUGCGGCUAA